GUUGCGACGUCGUAUUCUGGGCAUGAAAAGCCUCAAGACUAAAUUCUCGUACUCGUAAAGAGGUCAAUAAUUAAUUCCUAUGCAACGUAUGAUACUGGUAGACCACGUCGUGUUUACCCAGCGCCAAACGCCUAUAAGAAAUCGAGUGCCUUCGUGUUUCCUGACUAAAUUUUUGUUCAUCAGCAUUGGAAAGUCCCUCGGUUUUAAUCGAGAAUUCAACACUUUAUAAUCAUGUGGACUUCUGCAGCUUUCCUAACUUUACCAAUCGCGGUCCUUGCCUCCGGAUCUGUCCCGGACGGCCCAUGGACCGCCGGAGUCUGGAGAGUUCCUGCUACCGACGACGUAUUUUUUAAUGGCGAUGCCAUCAACGCUAGCGGCGGGAAGUUCUACGUAAAUAAGGAUACCUCCGCUUACUGCCCCGAUGGCAUUGAGGGUCUCGACUGUACCGCCUACCCUGGUUCCAAAACUGUAUUUGUUGGGGGUAAUAAUACGUUAUCCUUGGAUGUCGGAGUACCUGGUGGCCAGCAAGUAUACAUCGCGCCAGACGGAUCCCUAUCCUACACCACCGCACAUUCAGCUGCGAUACCAGAGGGAUCGAUCGUCACGGGUUUCGAACGCCAGCGAAGCGAAUCGUUCGGUGCGCCUGUGGUCUUGGGUAAUGCUGGCCAGUUCUGGUUGAUGUGCCCGGUCAGUGAUGGUGAACCGCGAGAGCGAACGUAUCAGUUGUAUGUUGGGCAUGGGACAGAAGACUGCUUGAACACUGGAGUCAGGACAUAUACGUCUACCGGACCAGAUGCUUGGGAAUACGCGUGAUUAUGUCAUGAAAUAAUGUCGCAUGAACGGGGAUCGAGAAAUGAUGCAGCCAUUUUAGGGUUGAGUCGCGUUUGAUGUAAUUUGAAUCGGUUUAUCCAUAUAUUACAAUUGGUAGAGUAUCGCCUGCCUUGUUGCCUUAGUAGAUACCCAAGCGUCU